AUGGAAUUUGCAGAAUAUAUACUUACAUCUAAAGUAAACAAAGUUGCAAUAACUAUACCUCCUAAUACCGAGUUAGAAGCAGUUAUAUGUAUUACAGGUCAUCAUUUAAUAAUAUCUUCUCGAAAAGAUGGGGCUGAAGAAAUCUGGUUACUUCAUUCAAAUAUAGAUUUUAUCGAUAGAAGACAAGCUAAUAAUGUUCAAAAUGGUGGUUCCCUAUUUAUAAAAUGUAAGGAUUUAAGAAUAUUAAAAAUGGAUCUUUUUAAUCAAAAAGACUUUGUAAAUGUUGCUGUGACACUUGACAGACUCAUAAAUAUAGAAGACAUUAGCAAACUCUAUCCAUUUUUCUACAGGCCAAACUUUAUGGUGAUCGAAAAUGGAUGGGAUGCUUUUGAUACUGAAUCCGAAUAUAAAAAAUUAGUCUCUACAUGUCCUGAUGAAUGGAGAUUUACUAAUGUUAACAAAGAAUUUCAGGUUUGUGGGACUUAUCCGAAGAUAUUGAUUGUUCCUAAAAUUAUAGAUGAUGAAACUGUUGUGGCUGCUGCAAGUUUCAGAGAAGGAGGCAGAUUUCCAAUUUUAAGUUACCGACAUAAAACAGGGAGUAUUUUAAUGAGAAGCAGCCAACCAUUAACUGGUCCUAAUUCAAAAAGAUCAAAGGAAGAUGAAAAAUUAUUAAACUCUUUAUUAGGUCCUGGUAAAAGGGGAUAUAUUAUCGAUACUAGAGCAUUAAAUUUAGCACAAAAUGCCAAAUCUAAAGGUGGUGGUUUUGAACAUGAAAUGUUUUAUCCUUUGUGGAAGAGAAUUCACAGAUCGAUUGAUAGAUAUCAAACUCUUCUUGAUAGUCUUACAAAAUUAGUCGAAGCAUGUAAUGAUCCUUCUUGUCCAAUGGAUAGAUGGUUAUCUCGUCUGGAUUCGAGCAAUUGGUUAACAAAUGUUAAAGAAACAUUAAAUUGUGCAUGUCUAGCUGCGCAGUGCCUAGAUCAAGAAAACUCAUCAGUACUUGUCCAUGGUCAGGAUGGUUUAGAUUCUACUCUUUUGAUUACUUCAUUAGUUCAAGUAAUUUUAAACCCAGAUUGUAGAACCAUCAGAGGAAUGGAAGCUUUAAUAGAAAGAGAAUGGCUUCAAGCAGGACAUCCCUUUUUUUUAAGACACAAAAAAUUUUGUUUCGCACCUCCCAGCAGUAAAAACAAAAUUGUUGCUCCGACUUUUUUACUAUUUUUAGAUUGUAUUUGUCAAAUUCAUUGCCAAUUUCCAUGCAGCUUUGAAUUCAACCAAAAUUUUUUAAUUUCAUUAUUCGAGCAUAGUUAUUCUUCUCAAUUUGGUACAUUCCUAGGAAAUUGUGAGGCGGAUCGAGAACAUUUAAAACUACGCGAACAAACUACAAGCUUGUGGUCGUACCUAAACCAACCUGAAAUUCUUAGGUCCUAUUUAAAUUUGAUGUACGAACCUAACAAUUCUGUGAUUUGGCCAUCUGUGGCACCAGUUAGUUUGGGAUUAUGGUCAGAGUUAUUUUUUCGUUGGAUUUUUGAUUUUUCAUCGCAAAAUUCAGCUUUUGAAUCAAUGGCUAAUAUAAAAACACAAGAAUUAGAAUUGAUUAAGCAGGCAAAGAGAUUGAGAAGACGGGUAGCCGAACUUGAAAGGGAAGCAAUUGAAACUGGUGUGCUUAAUUAA